UUGACAUUUGUCGAUAAUAGCGUUCAAACAGCUGCUUUGUGGAAAAAAUUCUUCACGUACGCUUUUGUUUACAAGCGCAUUAUUUUAACAAAUUCUUUAUUUUAUAUUAAUUUCUAUUGUAAAAAAAAUCAUGACUACAAUAUUAUUGGGUCGUAUUUGUCGUACCUGUUUAAAAAAAUCCCAGGAUAUGCAUAAGUUACGCGAGUUUAUACGUGAUGAUUUACAAAUCGAGGACAUGCUUAAUCAGGCUAUACCCAAUUUUGAUUUGGGCAUGGAUGACAUACCACUGCCGGUGGAGAUAUGUGAAGAGUGUUUGAAUAAAGUACAAAAAAGCUAUGACUUUGUACAAGUUUGCCUAAACAGUAACAAGGAGUUAAGGAAUAUCCUAAAUCAGCAAGAGCAAGAAAUCGAGGGCACUUUGAUGGGCGGCACUUGCGAAGUAAAUCCCAUGGAGAUUUUAGAGGAAACUGAUAUUUUAAUGGAUAAUUUCAAAAAAGAACCGCAUGAUGAAAACUCUAAUGCCAGUCAGAACAGAGUAAAUGGUGGUGUUGAGGUCUUGAGUCCUUAUCAUGAAUUGGAGGCUGUAAAGCUGGAAGUGGAAAUGUUAAGUGGUAGCCAUCAUGAUGAUGGUAGUAGUUCUGAGGAAUAUUGGCCUCAUGAUAGUAAAGAAGACAGUGAUAACAAUUUCUUUGAAAAUAUGGCCAAAAAACCGGUAUUAGAUAUUAAACCAAAACGUAAAUAUAGCCGUAGAGUACCCUUAAAACGUGGCGGCACUAAGGUGUGUCUACACUGUAAUAAGGUGUUUGCCAAACAGAAUCUUUUAACUAAACAUUUAUCGGUACACGAUCCGGACAAUGAAUUUGUUUGCGAUGUUUGCAACUAUCGCUUUUCUAGCGAACGCAAACUUAAGACACAUGUUACCAAUAAACAUACCGGUGUGGAAAUAAGUUUAGCGGGAGGUCCUUAUCCCUGUCCUGAUUGUCCCAUGAUAUUUCAACAAACACGCGCCUUGGCAGCUCAUAGUGUAAUGCAUUCGGAAAGGGACUUUAAAUGUCAAGUGUGUGAUUUGUCCCUUAAGACCAUGGCUGCUGUUACGCGGCAUAUGAAUUGUAAACAUCCUGAUGUUUUGCCCUAUAAGUGUAAUAUAUGCGAUAAAGCAUUUCCGGUGGAAAAUCAUUUGAAUGAUCAUAUUAAUGAGCAUAUGGGUUAUAAGAAACACAAGUGCGAUUUAUGUGAGAAAAGUUUUCCCAAUACUACUGCCCUAAAGGAUCAUGUACGCGUGCAUACGGGUGAAUCUCCUUUCUUGUGCCCCCACUGUGGCAAAGCUUUCAAAACCGGCAAUGUUUUGCGUCAACAUUUACAAAGACAUGGUGAGAAGAAAUUCCAUUGUCCCGAAUGUCCCAUGAAAUUUUACGUUAAAGUUAAUCUAACCAAACACAUGAGUUCACACACUAAACUUAAGCCUCACGUGUGUGAUAUAUGCGGUUCAGCAUUUACUCGUCAAGAUUCCUUGAAGGCUCAUAAAUUUAAGCAUUCCGGUGAGAGACCUUUCAAGUGUGAGGACUGCAAUAUGAGCUUUGUUUUCAAACGCCACUUGAAACGCCAUAAAAUCACUCACACUGGCGAAAAGCCCCAUAUGUGCAGUUUUUGUGAUCGUGCUUAUGCGGCCAGUGGUGAUUUAGUUAAACAUUUGCGUACCCAUGUGGGAGAAAAGACCUAUUUUUGUGACCAAUGUCCCGAAUCAUUUAAAUAUGCAAUUGAUCUUAAAGACCAUAAGGUUAUGCAUUAUAAGGAAAUAAGAAAUUUGCAGCAAACACAACAACAAGAUCAACAAGAACCACAAGAACAAAAUGUUGUGGAAAAAAUUCCCGAAAUAUCAAAUGAAACGAUAGUAAUGGAAACGGAAACUGCUGUAGUAACGCUGGAAGAACUAUAUGAAGUUGAUAAGAAUUUGGAUGACUAAAAACAAAAUUAAUUUUUAAUUAAGCGAAUGAAGUGUAGAUAUGUAUUAAAUAAUAGUAUAAAAGUAAAUUUUGGAUAUGUAAUAAAAGAGUUAACAUUAACAAA